UUACGUGCCUGGAUUUUGCUUGGCCUGUGUGGAUACAAGAAAAUAAGAAAAAUGAUUCUAACAACGCUUAUAAUUAUGGGUGCUUUGUAUGUAAUUUAUUAUUUAAUUGGAUUAUACAAUGAAGUGUACUGGAAAAAACGUGGCAUUAAAUUCCAUUCGAAGAACAAAGUCUUUGGCCCGAUGGGUGAGUUCAUAACUUCGAAUCGACCGCUGUUUCAAAUUUUUAAUGAAAUUUAUAAAAUGUAUCCAGACGAGCCUGUUGUCGCAUUGGGUUCACUGUUUACUCCCACUCUUUACGUCAAGGAUUUAACCAAUGUAAACCACGUUCUAAAUGUCGAUUUUAAUUCAUUCAGUCAUAGAGGAUUUGAUGUUAAUGAAGGAGAUAAACUUGCCGACAACGUGCUAUUUAUGAAUGGCAAUAGAUGGAAAUUGAUGCGUCAAUCUAUGACUCCUCUCUUUACAUCGAGCAAAUUAAAGAGCAUGUAUUAUAUACUAGAUCGUAGUGCAUUGGAUUUUGUAGAAUAUUUAAAAAAGAGACCGGAACUGUUACAGAAAGAUACUUUCCAAACUCUUAGCACUUUUUGUAGUGCCGCUAUAGGAGCUUCUGUCUUUGGUAUAGAAAAUGAGUCUGUUUUUGACUCACCUUUCCUUGAUAUGGCAAACAAAGCUUUUGCUUCUACAUUUAAGAACAACUUUCUGCUUGCCAUUGCCAAUACGUACCCUAAAUUGUUUAAUCUGUUUGGAUUUAAGUUUUUUAAAGAUCAUGAAGAUUUCUUCAUCGGAGCUAUAAAACAGAUUAUUAAAAAACGACAAGAAGAAAAUGUUAAAAAGCACGAUUUCGCCGAUUUAUGUGUUGGUUUGAAAAGUAAGGGUACAUUAAAAGAUGACGGAACAGGCUUAAAAAUACAACCAACUGAUGAAAUAUUGGCAGCUCAAGCAUUCUUCUUCUUUGUCGCCGGAGUAGAACCCUCUGCCGCAUCUAUGUUUGGUAUAUUAGUCGAGUUGGGCAGGAAUCCAGAACAACUAAGGCGGCUUCAUGAAGAAAUCGACAAUUCAUUCGAGAAAUAUGAUAAAAUGACAUAUGAUACCAUCACUGAAAUGGAAUAUCUCGACAUGGUGUUCAAUGAAGCAUUAAGAAUGUAUCCGCCUAUAGGAAUCUUGAUGCGACAAUGCAUUAAGGACACUGUAUUACCAACUGGUAAUAUAAAAGUUGAAGCUGGAACGAAGAUAUUUAGCCCACUGUUUGAAAUCCAUCACGAUCCAAAACUUUACCCGGAUCCUGAAGUUUUUAACCCAGAGAGAUUUUCACGUGAAAAUUCAAAGAAUAUAAAUAAUAAUGCCUUUAUGGCUUUCGGUGAAGGAAAGAGAUUGUGCAUCGGUGUCAGAUAUGCGACUCUGCAAGUGAAAGCUGGUUUAGUUCACUUGUUACGUCAUUUUACUGUAAAAACUCACAUCGGUAAAGGUGGAAUCAAAUACAUAAAAAAGAAUAUACAAAUAAGGCCGACUAAUGUAGACGUUCAAAUUAUACCAAGAGAUUUGCGUAAAAAUUUAUAA